GGAGAAGUAAUUACAUUCCUUGAUGCUCAUUGCGAAUGUACCGAAGGAUGGCUUGAACCUCUACUUGCACGGAUUGUACAAAACCGUCGCACUGUUGUAUGCCCAAUAAUUGAUGUGAUUUCUGAUGAGACCUUUGAAUAUAUAACUGCGUCAGAUUCUACGUGGGGCGGUUUUAAUUGGAAACUUAAUUUUAGAUGGUACCGUGUUCCUCAGCGCGAAAUGGAGCGCCGUAACAAUGACCGUACAGCGCCUUUACGUACACCCACCAUGGCUGGCGGUUUAUUUUCCAUUGAUAAAGAUUAUUUCUAUGAAAUUGGUUCAUAUGAUGAGGGUAUGGACAUAUGGGGUGGUGAAAACUUAGAAAUGUCAUUUAGGAUUUGGCAAUGUGGAGGAAUAUUAGAAAUAAUACCCUGUUCCCAUGUGGGUCACGUUUUCCGUGAUAAGUCACCCUACACAUUCCCCGGCGGUGUUGCCAAUAUUGUGCUACACAAUGCGGCGCGUGUUGCCGAGGUGUGGUUGGAUGAGUGGCGCGAUUUUUAUUAUGCAAUGAGCUCAGGAGCACGUAAAGCUUCUGCUGGUGAUGUUAGUGAUCGCAAAGCUUUAAGAGACCGCCUAAGAUGUAAGAGCUUCCGCUGGUACCUGGAGAACAUAUAUCCUGAGUCCUUGAUGCCAUUGGAUUAUUAUUAUCUUGGCGAGAUACGAAAUGCUGAUACACAAACCUGUCUGGACACUAUGGGUCGUAAAUAUGGUGAACAAAUUGGGGUUAGUUACUGCCACGGCUAUGGCGGUAAUCAGGUGUUCGCUUACACAAAACGUCAACAAAUUAUGUCAGAUGAUUUAUGCUUGGAUGCAUCAAAAGCUAUGGGUCCAGUUAAUAUGGUGCGUUGCCAUAACAUGGGCGGCAAUCAGGAAUGGGUCUAUGAUGCAGAGGACCAAACAAUACGGCAUACAAACACAAACAAUUGUCUACAACGUCCAUCACGAGAAGAUCCAAGCAAUCCACUACUACGUCCAUGCAAUUAUAGCAAAGGCCAGAAAUGGUUGAUGGAGUCGAAAUUUAAAUGGCAGGCUCAUUAGUUGUUACUUUUAUAUUGGAACAUAAAUUUCACAAUACAGAAUUUAGUUACAUUUUAUCAUGUUCUAUGUAUAUUAAUUCUUUGUUUUAUUAUUUUGAUUUGUUCUGAAUAUAUAUUCUUAAAGUAUAUAAUGAAAAAAUUGUAAAAUAAC